AUGUCGACGUCGCAAGUCAGAAUUCAACUUAGCACAAGGAGCCCGGAUAUCGAGCUGCCCGAGGACACUGGCCCGAUCCUUGUGUCGACUGAGCUCCGCAGAUAUCAGCUCUCAACCCUCGUCAACCGUCUUCUCGAGACCGAACAACCCGUACCUUUCGAGUUCCUCAUCAACGGCCAAUUCCUCCGAACGUCGAUCGAUGAAUUCCUUACCGCCAACGGCAUCUCUGCCGAAACGACCUUGAAUGUUGAAUACGUACGCGCUCUCGUGCCGCCAUCGCACGUCGCAUCCUUCGAACACGACGAUUGGGUCAGCGCAAUCGACCUUCUCUCGAGCACAUCAGCAGCUGGAAAGUGGGCAGGCAAGAACUUUGCAGGUGCUGGAAAUGAACGUAUGGUGUCGGCGAGUUACGAUGGACUUUUGAGACUGUGGAACCAGAGCAAGGAGGUUCUCGCGACAAGUGGAGAUGGUGGACACAGCGGACCCGUCAAGAGCGUCAAGUUCCUGGAUCACUCGCGCCUGGUCUCGUCGAGUGUGGACCGCAGCGUCAGAAUCUGGAACUACAACGACAGAGAAAUCACGCCCAAGGUCGAGCUUCUGGGACACACGGCUUCCGUGGACAGACUGGCCGUACACACUCCCUCCCAGCGCAUCUUGACCGCCUCGCAAGAUCAUACUGUCGGAAUCUUCAGCAGCGACAUCAAGAGCAACCCCUCAGCACCUGCACAUCUCCUCCCCAACCCCUCGUCCAAGCGAAGGAAACCCAGUGUCACCGUACCUCAGCGCGGCGCACUCUCCCUCCUGGCCGGCCAUACCGCACCCGUCUCAGACGUCACUUUCAAGCCCGACGAUGCCACAGUCGCCUACUCCACCUCUUGGGACCACACACUCAAGACCUGGGAUCUGGCUACCCACACCUGUGUCGAUACACGCGCUACCUCGCACCCGCUGGUCUCGGUAGCCGCUCUGCCACAAUUGAAUCUGGUCGCUGCAGGAACCACCGCUCGUCACAUCUCUCUCAUCGAUCCUCGCGCUUCCGCUACUGCAAUCGUCGCCAUGACACUACGUGGUCACAACAACGCUGUCGUGUCACUCGCACCCUCGCCUGACAAUGGCUUUGUCUUUGCAUCCGGAGGUCACGAUGGCAGUGUCCGUGUUUGGGAUGUCCGUAACGCCAAGGCCGCAAACGGCGGUGUCGAGGGAGGCAUGACCGGCGAAAGCAUCUUUCUUCUUGAGCGUGACGGUCAAGGCGAGAAGAAGCCCAUCGGCGGUGAAGGUAUCAAGGUCUUUAGUGUACAAUGGGACGAAGCAUGGGGCAUCGUCAGCUGUGGUGAAGACAAAAAGGUGCAGGUUAACCAGCCCAGGUAG